GAAAGAUGGCCAAGGGAAAAGGAAAAGGUCCUAAAGGAAAAAAAAUCACCUUGAAAACUGCAAAAAAUUCUAUCAGGAUCUCUUUUGAUGGAGGCCGUCGUCUUGACUUAAGUAAGAUGGGUAUCACUACCUUUCCCAAAUGCAUUCUAAAACUGGCUGAUGUGGAUGAGCUUGAUUUGAGUAGAAACAUGCUAAAAAAGAUCCCAAACAGCAUUGAAAAGUUCCAGAAACUGCGCUGGCUGGACCUGCACAGCAAUCAGCUCGAAGAGUUGCCCAAGACAGUAGGUACACUUCAGAAUCUUUUCUACCUGAAUAUAUGUAACAACAAGCUGAACAGCAAAACCUUGCCAGAAGAGUUGAACCUUCUAAAAAACCUGCGUAUUCUCAAUCUUGGCUUGAACUGUCUUGACAACAUCCCCUCCACACUUGGGGCCCUGAAGGAACUUAAGGAGUUAGGUCUCUUUGACAACUUCUUGACCACUAUCCCAAAGAGUGUGAAAACGCUUCCCAGGCUCCAGAAACUGAAUGCAGAAAGAAACCCUUUCCCUGAGCCAAAAAAAGAAGAGUACAUUGACCCCAUCAAGCGUGUAGAAUCACUUUACUUAGUACAAGAGAAAGACCUAUGCUGUUCCUGCCUGAAGACCUGUCAGGAAGAAAGGGGCAAACUAAGCAAGUUGAAGAACACAAUGUCCUGCCCCUCCAAGAAGCUCAGUUUCCCUUUACUCCUUACACCCAACUCCACUGCAAUGGAUAACCAAGAACAAUGGAGAUUAAAAGAUGAACAUCUCUGA